AUGACCUCCGCGCUCAACGGCCUUGCGCCGAAAUCUCCGCUGUCUGUCCAACGCCGCAUUGAACACCAUGAGGCCGACGUCGUUAUCGUCGGUGCCGGAAUUCUGGGCUGCGCACUCGCUGUUGCAUUGGGACGACAGGGUCGUAGCGUGAUCCUGCUGGAACAGUCCAUGAAGGAGCCCGAUCGCAUUGUCGGCGAAUUGCUCCAGCCUGGAGGAGUGAAUGCGCUGGAGAAGCUGGGCCUGCGGGACUGCCUUGACGAUAUCGACGCGAUCGACGUGGAUAGCUACUAUAUCACAUAUUUUGGCGAACCGGUCAAGCUGUUCUAUCCCAAGGAGACCCCGUCUUCCCCGCGACCGAUUGGAAAAUCCUUCCACCAUGGCCGGUUCGUCAUGAAGCUGCGCCAGGCUGCGUUAGCUUGCCCCAAUGUGACGGUGGUAGAGACCAAGGCGACGGGCUUGGUGGCUUCGAACCAGUGCCAGGGGCAGGUGCUUGGUGUGGAGUGCGUGACUCAGGAUCUGAAGGAUUGCUACUUUGCCCAGCUCACUGUCGUCGCCGACGGUUACGCCUCGAAACUCCGCAAAGCACAUCACCCACAUACACCCAAGGUCCGGUCGAAAUUCUGGGGCCUUGAGCUGAUUGAUACGAAACUUCCCUCCCCGAACUCUGGCCACGUCCUCCUCAGCGAUAAGCCCCCGGUCCUCAUCUACCAGAUCGGUGCCCACGAGACCCGAAUCCUCGUCGAUGUCCCCGAUAACCUUCCUUCGGCGUCGGUCGCGAAUGGCGGUGUCAAGAGCCAUCUACGGAACGUGGUCUUGCCCUCUCUUCCCGAGGGAGUUAGGCCGUCGUUCGAGGCAGCACUAGAUAAGGGACAAUUACGCUCUAUGCCAAAUUCCUUCCUCCCCGCAUCCACCAACAAGACCCCCGGGUUAUUGAUCCUGGGCGAUGCGUUGAACAUGCGACACCCCUUGACUGGCGGUGGAAUGACUGUGGCUCUGAAUGACGUCUGCUGCAUCCGCGAGUUGCUGAGCCCAGAAACCGUGCCAGAUUUGGGAAACACGGCUCUAGUACUCAAGCAACUGUCCCGGUUCCACUGGAUGCGCAAGAAUUCUUCCUCUGUCAUCAACAUUCUCGCCCAAGCCCUUUAUCAGCUUUUCGCCGCUAAUGAUACCAAUCUCCUCGCUCUCCAACGAGGUUGCUUCCGCUAUUUCCAGAUCGGUCCCGUCGAUGGACCGGUCGGCCUGCUCGCAGGCCUGAUCAAGCAACCCUUCGUCCUCUUCCGCCACUUCUUCACUGUCGCCUUCCUCUCCAUAUGGGUCCUUUUCCGAGAAACGCCCUUUACGCAAUUAAUUUUGUUCCCAUGGCGAUCAUUCAUGGUGUUCUGGACAGCCUGUGUCGUCAUUUUCCCAUUCAUCUUUGCCGAGAUCUGGAGCUGA